GGCUCGUUGCAAAGCUGUCGAGUGGCAUCCCGAGGUCGCCACACAGAUGGUCCUGGCGUCUGAAGACGAUAGAUGUCCUGUUAUCCAGGUUAGAAUGAACCUCAUACCCGCGUGUGUAAUAAUUCAUUUUCUAUAAGCCGUGGGGUUUUUAUUUUCAGCUUGUUUAUAAAUUUGUUUCGUCUACAAAAACCUUUCAUUUUAAAUGAGUAAAACAGUAAAAGCAGGGCCGCCGAGAAAUUUUUUUGGGGGCCCCCUAUCUAAAAUUUUUUUUCCGGAGAACAACCUCCCCCCCGGUCAGUGUACCAUUUUAGGGGUAAAAAAAUUUUUUCCGGAGUAAAAAUUUUUCCGGACGAGUACGUUGCAAUUGCUUUCCAGGGACGUUAUCUCAUUUUUUUAUGCCAAAUUUCGGUACUUAGCCGAAGAAAAUAGAUAUCUUGUCCUUUGCGCGGAAAUAUUUAACACACAAAAAAGACUGGGGCCCUCAAAAAAAUUUUUCAGGGGCCCCCAGCACCUCGGGGCAAUUUGCUCCCCUUCCCCCCUCUCUGCGGCCCUGAGUAAAAGGUUGGGUAAAUGAAAAACAAAACAACUCAAGGGUUGGGUAAUAAAAAUUUAUUGUUAUUUCCAAAGCAUGACUCACUCAAAUAUUGAAGACUAAAAAGCAAUGUCAACAGUCAUAUGUCAAUACAAUAUUUAAAUCAAUCACUAUCUUGAUCAUUUUGCGAUUUGUCAGGAGGCAAAUGAUGUCUCCACAGAAAGUACAUGUGCAGACAACAUGAAACUUUAGACUGCAGAAAAUUGCACAAGCAGUUAUCAAACUCAUGUCACAGAAGUGGUAAAGGGAAAUGGUAGUAAAUUUUUUUUUAUUUUCUCAUUCGAAAGAACUUUUGAAACUAUAUAUUAACUUCUUUUAUAAAAUAACAUGUAUAUAACAGGCCAUCCAAACACGGAAGACUGUCGUGUUGUUGUUAUUUUAUAAAACAAUUAAUUUAUGGUUUCCGUGUUUCGAUGGCCUGAUCCAAACACUUGGGAAUGUUGCUCGACAUUCUCGCAACAUUCCCGCGUGUUUGGAUCAGGUCAUCCAAACACGGAAACCAUAAAGUAAUUGUUCGAUUAUUCAUAUCUUGCUUUGUUCUUGGAUAUUUUCACUUGAACUAUGUUGAAGUAAUAAGAUGUCCGCCAUCUUGGAUAAAUUUUUGAUCUCAUUAACGGUAGUUUUGGUGACGUUACAACAGGGAUUAACCAUAUAAAAGUACUCGUUGCUGAGCAAAUAUUGAUUGGUAGAUGUUUUAAAGGUUUUGAGUGAUCUUGAUAUUUCGAAGGGCAGACAGAGUAUAGUUUUAAGUGCAAAAUGAUUGGUGGUUGUUUAGAUAAAAAUAUUUGCGUGACCCCUGUUGUGACGUAACAUGCAUAUCUACAAAAAUUGAAGAUGGCCGACAUUUCAUUCCUUUCGAUUAAAAUAUUUGUAGAAGUAAGCAAGAUAUGAAAAAACGGUAAAAGAGUUUUAUAUGUACUAUUUAAAACACGAGUUGGAGUGUUUUAUCAGAUAUAAAAUGCGAGGCGCAGCCGAGCGUUAUAUAUCUGAUAAAACACGACAACGACUACAAAAGAAUACUAAUUAGGAUGAACCAUAGUAUAAUCAUGCUAAUUAGGAUGAACAAUUAUAUAAUGCCACAUGUGUUUUAUCAGAUAUAAAGUCACUCCACGUGACAUAUUAUGGCUGACAUGAUUUGCCACAAGGAUUAUGAAUUAUUAAUGAGUAUUUUAAAUGGUUUUAAAUGUUCUUUUGAGCGAGAAAUUAAAAAAAAUCUAUUGCCAUUUUCCUUUAAAGGAAAACUAACAUUCUAUUUUUCUUCUUAGAUGUGGGAUCUUAGAUACGCGACCUCGCCAAUGAAAGUUCUCGAGAAACAUCAAAGGUUUGUUUAAAAUUGCUAGCAACAAUUUGUUCAGAAUUGUUUCCUUAUGUAAAGGCUUGUUCCUGUGAGCCCAGCUAACCUGGAAACUCACCUGAAACAGUGCCGGAAACGGGCCCCCGGUCUUACUCUUUUCGAUUAAAGGGAACCUAGUGAAUGGAAUUUACAUGCAGGGAACAGUUGCUGUUCAUUCGUGAUUUCACUAUGUUGUACUAUGGCUUGUUUUUAACCUGAAAAUAUUUUACUAUUGUUGAUAUCAAUUGGUGUCCAUUUCAGAGGUGUCCUGUCAAUUGCGUGGUGUCCUCAAGAUCCAGAACUUCUAAUGAGUUGUGGCAAGGUAAGAAACACACUGACAGACGUUCGUUUGAUUCCUGCCAGAAGGCCUAUUGUUGUAUUUCAUGUAAAACCAGCGCUUGUCAACUCUCAUGCAACUCUUGUUCUCGUUUGAUCAAGCAAUGAACGUUGAGAACACUCUCAUGUAAACUCUCGCUUCUCAACUCUCAUGCAACUCUUGUUCUCGUUUGAUCAAGCAAUGAAGUUGAGAAAACUCUCAUGUAAACUCUCGCUUCUCAACUCUCAUGCAACUCUUGUUCUCGUUUGAUCAGCAAUGAAAGUUGAGAAAACUCUCAUGUAAACUCUCGCUUGUCAACUCUCAUGCAACUCUUGUUCUCGUUUGAUCAAGCAAUGAAAGUUGAGAAAACUCUCAUGUAAACUCUCGCUUCUCAACUCUCAUGCAACUCUUGUUCUCGUUUGAUCAAGCAAUGAACGUUGAGAAAACUCUCUUGUAAACUCUCGCUUCUCAACUCUCAUGCGGCAACUCUUGUUCGUAUAAAUACUUUACCAGUUUCAUCUGUUAACAUUUAUUCUAAUCAUGCAUGUGUGCUUUUUCUUUAGGACAGCCGAAUCUUGUGCUGGAAUCCAAGCAGUAAUGAUCCCCGAGGCGAGGUACUGUAUAGGGUAUUUGUUAUCAGACAACAUGACUAUAUUGAACAUAUAUGUUCUCAGUUCUCAAAUAGGCUGAAUUUAAAAUAUUGACUAAAGUGUUUUCUGAACAUGAUAUUUUGUUCGCAAGGUUGUGUACGAGUUACCAUGUCCAGCUCAAUGGAGUUUUGAUGUGAAAUGGUGUCCACGAAAUCCUAAUAUGAUCUGCACGCCAUCAUUCGAUGGUCAUAUUAGUGUUUACUCUCUGAUGGGUGGUGGUGUGGCUGAUCAUAGUGGUGUGGACCAGAAGGUGAGUGGUGAUGAUGGUGAUUUUAAUGAUGAUGGUGGUGAUGAUAAAUGGCGAUUGUUGUGAUUAGAGCUGUGCGGUUAACCGAAAAAUUCGGUUCUUCCGGUACUUUUUUCAGCACCGAAAAAUUAUACGCAAAAGAACCGGUAUAGGCCCUGUUCACAUGAACCCGGGACAGCGUUAUGUCUCGGGGCAAGCAAUUGUCGCGGGACAAAAAUUGUCUCGGCUCCUUAGUAAAAGAAUAGUGCUGUUCACAUGAUAUUUUACUUGUCCUGGGACAAGAAUUGACCCGAGUGCCUCGCCUCUGUAGACAGGGACACUCGCCUUGCUGGGACAACUUUUCCUCAUGUGAACACUUUGCCCCGGGGGAACUUUGUCCCGGGAUAAUUGAAUUUUUAUUAAAACGAUCAAAAUCGCGGCUAAAAUUACAUUUAGAGCACGUUGGACUCCACAAAACUUGUUAUUUGAUUGAAGAUAUCAUUAGAAAUCUAUAAGUGAGGAUUCUUGGGAAUUGAGGACCUUUUACUACGGCUGAUAAUCAACUACGUUCUAUUUAUAAAUAUCAUAACAUAAAAUACGACUUGCGUUUAUCAGAAUGUUUUUUAUUUAGCAAUAUUUCACCGUUUCACGUUGGCGGGAAUAUUUUAUGAUUCCCGCGUAAUGUAUUUAUAGGCAUGACCCGCGCUAGCUUUGUUCAUGUGAACAGAAGAUAUCAGUAUCCCGGGUCAAUGACUUGUCGCGGGGCAGUUGUUUAUCCCGGGAUCAUGUGAACAGGGCCAUAGUUUCGGUUUUAAUUUCCCGUUUAACGCCCGCCAAACGCCCACCUGAUUGCAGGUUGAAAUGUUUGGAAAAUAACAAGAUCGUGCUCUUUGUGCACAAUAUGCACUGUACUAAGUGUUCAAAUAGUUGAUAUUUUAGUUGUGAUAGUUAUUGCUGUGAACUUGAUUUAAAUUUUUUUAAAAACUAAGAAAUAUUACAUCUUCAUAAAUAAAUUAUUAUAAUUAUUCAUCUUUCGAUGUAAACAGAAUGCGUACUUGGAAAACCUUCUGUUCUAAGUGCCGCUCUUUCAACUUAAGCUGUUGUUCGUAAUUCGUCAUGUUUUCUGUAAAUUUUAUAUUUGUUAUCGUCUUUGAUUUAUGUUUGUUAUAGUUUGUUUUCAUUAAGGUUGGUCUUCACAUGGGGCUAUUCAUGUCCUGUUGACCAUACCUUCAACCAUAUUAUGUAGUGUUUUAGUCUAUUUUAUGUAUGGUUAUAAAGUUAAUAAAUAAAUAAAUAAAAAAAUUCCAAUUGUUCUUUUAAAAUAUUCAGAGAUUUAUACAAACUUACAAAGGCAUAAAUUCAUCUAUUUAGUAAAAAUGCUCGAAACAUACAUAAAUGAGUUCAUACAUUUGUACUGUUCUUCUUAUUUUGAAAAUAACCGAAACCGAACCGAGGUUUUUCUGUUCCAAAAAAAACGGAGCCGAGAUAAAAUUUUUGGAACCGCACAGCUCUAGUUGUGAUGGUGGACUUGAUAUUUCGAUCUUUUCUCCUAGAUGGUAAACGAUUCCUUCAAUAUAAAUGAUUCAUUCACAGCAUCAGUUCAGCACCAGACCUCUGAUCAUAUUCCCGCGGCGUCCACUCUCAAGAAACCUCCCAAAUGGCUGAGGAGACCAUGUGGCGCUUCAUUUGGGGUAAGAGCACUUUUUCAUUUAUAAUAGAGAGGUUAAGAUACCCCCGGUUUACGGGUACGAGUAUCGCCAUUUUGUCAACCAAUUUCUGCUGAUGUCAGCAUUUUUACCCGUAAUUUCUACCCGUUUCCCCGCGGUAAUCCAUGGUCUACACGUAAAAGACAAACGGGUACGGGUGUUUUCUGUUUACUAUUUGUGGGCCGUUUAAAUAGUAAACAUUUUCAACAUCUUACCCAAAUAAAUAAUGCACAUAUGUUUGUCAAAGUUUUUAAAAAUAUAUGGCGAACUUUAACAGCGAAAGUUGCCAUUCUCUGAUUGGUUUUCUUACGCCGGAGCAUCUUGGAUUUCUUAAGUUACAAGUCGUUCCCCGAUUUACGGGUACGUGUAUAUCACCCGUAAACCGGAACCAGGGUAUCUUAACCUCUCUAACUAGUACUGGUAGUGUACAUGUCAAUUGAGUUUUAGAUGCAUAGCAGUGCAAACCAACAUCACCAGCCGAUGCACAUCAUGAAUUUGACCAUUAUCCAACAUAAACUGAUAAAUAUCCAACCACUCUUCGUCUAAGGUCUGACAUUUUGUCCUUCCAAAGAAAAUAAUGAUCGGCAGGCCUGUUGCCCGGAGCUUGCUGCUUUAUUACAUUAUUUUAAAACAAUACAUUUUAAGUAGUAUUUAAAGCACGCGUAGGAGUGUUUUAUCACAUAUAAAACACGACGCGUAGCGGAGUGUUUUAUAUGUGAUAAAACACGAAUACAAAUGCUUUAAAUAGCUUAAAAAACGAUUCAUCUUAUACGAGUUCAUUGGCGAAGUAAUUUUUAAAAUAAACUUUGUCUAAACCGAGAAAAUCAAAGCUAAAGUUUAUGUAAAUUAACGUGAUUUUUUAUCACACAUAAAACCACGACACGCUUAUGAUUUUUCUUUGUGUUUUGCUCCUGAAUUAUUAAUGAGUUUUUUAAAUAUGUUUAUAGUUUGGUGGCAAGCUGAUUUCGUUUGGAAAAACAGCCGAGGCACCGAUUUCAAAGGUAACAGUGUGUCAAUAUCGAGUUACAGUCAAACGGGCACAUCCCACCGACCCAAUGAUUUCUUUACUACAAUCAUGUACUACCAUCAUUACGAGUAUUCAACGGAUACUUCUAGUGCACCAAACUUCAAUUCUUUUAACAUCUCAUUCCUAAGAACCUUUGAAAUGAUAUUGUAACUUAUUUUGAAGAUUUUCGUUUGCACACUUUGUCUCUGAGUUAUUUCAGUUUUAUUGAUAUGCAAAUGUCCCGAAUUUACGUCACAUAUGAAUAAUGACUGAUCAAAGAAUGUAAGGUACAGUUAAAUAUCAUGAAAUAAAAAGGCUAAAUGGUGUUUUACAUAGGUAUGUAAUCCUCCCACAACUCCAAACUUUAUUAUAAUGAUUUAAACUCGAUAGUGAAUACGAUAUACAAGCUUUUACUUUAAAUCAUUAUGCAUUUGUGAUGUAAAUUCCAGAUAUUCGCAUUCCAAACAAACAGAAAUAUCUCAGAAACAAAGUGAGCUAACGAAAAUUUGUAUCCACACCCCAGGAAUCGAACCUACGACCUUUGGAAUACUAGCCCAAUGCUCUGCCAACUGAGCUACGCGGUCAGGUCGGUUCGAGUAUGUGAUAUUUUGGAACUGAGUCUAGUCCCUUCUAUAUCAAUGUAAUCUAAUAAUCAUGAUGGUGAUGAUAAGAAUAUCAUGAUUAUUAGAUUACAUUGAUGUCGAAGGAACUAGACUCAGUUCCGAAAGAUCACGUAAUCGAACCGACCUGACCGCGUAGCUCGGUUGGCAGAGCAUUGGGCUAGUAUUCCAAAGGUCGGAUGAUCGAUUUCCACCGUGGCCAGGCAUAUUUUUCAAGCUUCUCCGGUGUGGAUAUACACUCAGAGUAACAUCACAAAAAUCAUAUUCACCUGAGUACAUUACACCAACACAGAAAAUCAUUUCAGAAGUUCUGAAGAAUGAAACGAUAAAAGAACUUUUUACAUACGGUAGGUUAGGUGCACUCUAAGCGGAAGCGGACACUGUACUUGCGGUCCCAAUGAGCGGAAUAACGUCUUUUAAGCGGACAAACCUACUGUAACUGAAGAAUACAAAUAAAAUAAAUUUUCAUAACGAUGGUAAAAAUCAAUUUGAAGAAAAUUCAAUAGACACUUGUUAAUGUAUAGUUCUAGCCAGUAGCUGCGACAAUUAUGUAUUAUUUUCUGUUGUAAUAUUUUGACAGUUUGCCACUAGUUUCGGCUUUAGCGUUGUAAAUACGUCUACUUAUAGAUCGUAUCGUAUUGUUUUAAAAGUAAAAUUCAAGUUUACAUGCAGUAGAACGACGUUUCCGUUUUACAACAAAAAGGCAUAGUGUUUCAGAAUUUCACGGUUGACUUUUAGAUUUGAAAAACAAUACAUUUAAGUGAAUUAGCAUUUUCCAAAAAGGUCUGUUAAUCAACUGUAUCAACCAGCACAUAUUUUAAUACUUGUGAAUUAAGUAAUGCUAGGCCGUUCGUUUAAGUAAAACUCGCUCAUGUUUCAGAUCAAUGUAAGUCAAGUGGUUACGGAACAGGAUCUAGUGAACCGAUCGAACUUGUUGGAGGGCGCUUUGGCGUCGGGCAGUUUUGCUGAAUUUUGUCACACCAAGAUUGAGAGCGGCGACGACGACCUGGACUCAACUUUAUGGAGUUUCUUGAAGGUACGUUAGAAUACACUCUCUCUAUCAGUUCUAAACUGUUCUUCCUAGAGAUCCAGUAUAGAUCAUCUCUUAUUGAUCCAGUGUCACUUCAGGAGGAAACCUAAACUAAACUAACUUUAUUUAUACUGGAUAGCUCUAUCAGUUCCAAACUGUUCUUCCUAGAGGUCCAGUAAGGAUCAUCUCUUUUUGAUCCAGUGUUACUAUAGGAGGAAACCUAAUCUAAACUAACUUUAUUUAUACUGGAUAGCUCUAUCAGUUCUAAACUGUUCUUCCUAGAGGUCCAGUAAGGAUCAUCUCUUAUUGAUCCAGUGUUACUACAGGACGAAACCUAAACUAAACUCACUUUAUUUAUACUGGAUAGCUCUAUCAGUUCUAAACUGUUCUUCCUUGAGGUCCAGUAAGGAUAAUCUCUUAUUGAUCCAGUAUUACUACAGGCGGAAACCUAAACUAAACUCACUUUGUUUAUGCUGGAAAGCUCUAUCAGUUCUAAGCUGUUCUUCCUAGAGGUCCAGUAAGGAUCAUCUUUUGUUGUUCCAGUGUUACUACAGGAGGAAACCUAAACUAAACUAAACAGUUUUCGUAUGGACUAACAUAUAAUUACAUUUUCUUUCAUCUUUUUAGGUGAAUUUUGAAGGCGAACCGAGAAAACAGUUUCUGACAUUGCUAGGUUAUGACCCUAACAACUUGGCCAAAAAG